CAAAGAACAAUUUAAUCUUUCAAAGUUGGCGCGUGUUUCUCAAAUAAUGAUGGAUCCAGACUUGAAGUUGAGUUACGCCUUUCAAACCCUGAAAAAUACGCUUAUCGCUGCAAACGUGAUAUUCAUUUUUUUUGGUAUAUAUUUCAUCUUGAGCCGAUCUUGGGGUUCUCACUUUGUAUCGACGGGAAUGCUCAUACUCGUCAUAGCGUCAUUGGGAAUUUAUGGAUUAGUCAAGCAAUUUGUUUUCUUUAUAAAUUUGUACGCAGGCAUGCAGUCUAUUUAUUUAGUCGUGGAGUUUCUCCGCUUUCUGGAAACCGGCGGAAACACUUUUUCCUUCAAGAGGUAUUUUAAUACUGUGAACCCCUUUUUGGUUGUAGCCGUUUUCCAGGUUAUAGCUGUGAUAUUUGCCAUUAUCCUGGCCAAGGAAAUGGAACGUCUGAAGUCAUCUCGUGCCCAAGCUAUUGAUGGCGCCAAAAAGAUACAGGUAUAG